GGUUAAUAGAUUUUUAAAUAUAUCGGAAAAUUGGUGCAUUUUCGACGAGAAAAACAGCUGUGUUUCAUCUACUUGAAAUCGAAAAUUUUUUUUUAUAAAUGGGUCAAAUUUUUUAACCAACAAUGACAGCAAUAUUUGGCUAUAGUAGGGAGGCAAUACGGGUGAAAGUAAAGAAAUGUGAAGGUUUGUUACAACCAGAAUUUCGAAAAUUUAGUGUUGAUCCUCAAAUCACUUCUUUUGAAGUGCUACAAAGUAUUUUAGGAAAGGCAUUUGAUAUUAAGGGAGAAUUUACAAUCGCAUAUCGGACACAUGACGCUUUGGGUCAUGAAAUUUAUUUAUCAAUUUUAUCUGAUUGGGAUCUGGAUGCUGCUUUCUUAAGUUCUCAUAAUGCAUCGUUAGCUAAUGGAUCGGAGCCUAGCUUAUGUUUACGUGUAGAUAUGAAGCCUUUUGCGGAAAGUACAGAUGAUUGGGACGUUACAAACACAACAAUGGGAAAAACACGUAAUACGUUGCCUGAAAUUAAGGCAUCAUCACAAAGAUUACCCGGAUUGAUUAUGAACCAGGUGGAACGGACAUUUAACAUGGUACAACGUGCACUAAAUUUAGGCGAAGAUGGCAAUAUUAAUAUUCAACCUGUGAGACCUCCUUUAUCGGAUUCAGAAUUUCGACGAUUUUUAGAUCCAGUUGGCCAAAUUGUUCAUGCUAAAGAACUCAGAUCUGUUAUUUAUUAUGGUGGAAUCGAUCCCAGUUUAAGGAAAGUUGUAUGGAAACACAUUUUGAAUGUAUAUCCAGAAGGAAUGUCGGGUAGAGAACGAAUGGAUUAUAUGAAACGUAAAGCAGUAGAAUAUUAUGAGCUACGAGACACUUGGCGGGAAAUGUUACAAAAAGGUCCCGUAACUGGUGACCUUGCCUACACUACUGGUAUGGUUCGUAAAGACGUUUUGCGAACGGACCGGCAUCAUCGAUUUUAUGCUGGUAGCGACGAUAAUCAAAAUAUUGCAUCACUUUUUAAUAUUCUCACGACGUAUGCAUUAAAUCAUCCAAAAGUGAGUUAUUGCCAGGGAAUGAGUGAUUUAGCGUCACCAUUGCUUGUAACAAUGGGGGAUGAAGCGCAUGCGUAUAUAUGUUUUUGUGCGUUAAUGCAACGUUUAGGUCACAAUUUUAUGUUGGAUGGUAUUGCCAUGACUCAAAAAUUUACUCAUUUAGCCGAAGCGUUACUCUAUUAUGAUCCAGAAUUUUUUGGCUAUUUAAAAAUGCAUCAGGCUGACGAUUUACUAUUUUGUUAUCGAUGGUUGUUACUUGAAAUGAAACGUGAAUUUGCAUUUGAAGAUUCAUUACGUAUGCUUGAAGUGCUAUGGAGUUCUUUACCUGCAACCCCACCGGCCAAAGAAUUAAAAUUAUAUGAAACUCAUUUUAAACCUACAAUAAUAACGUCUACUCCACCAGUUAGUCCUUUGGUAAAAACACCUCGGGAAAAUGCAUAUACUAAAGUGUGCGCUCUACGUCGCCAAAGCUCAUCAAUGUCAAUUGCUUCGUGGGCCGGAGGAUCCACACGAAAACCUGCUACACCAACAAUUAAACGACAAAUUCAUAGUUUGGAUGAAACUGUAAGUCGAGCUUUUAACGCUUUGCAUAAUGCAAAAACAUACCAAAGUUUAGAUGAUGCUAGUAUAACAACAGUGGCACCUCCAAUUCAACAGGCGAUUGAAUGUACUGAAGAAGAAAAUGAUAGGCCCCGUUCAACUUCUCCUUUAGAAAGUAAUCCAGAAGAAAUCCAAAAGAAAAGUGAUUUAUCUGCGAGUAUGAAUAGUUUUUUUGUGAAACCAAAGAAAGCAGGACAUUUUAAGGAGUUAAAAGAACGUAUUUCCGCUAAUCGUAAAGGAUUAUUUUCUUCGUUAGAUAAAUUAGAUAGUCGAAAUGUAAUUAAAGAAGAAACGGAAAUUGAGAAGUCUACAAAAAGUGGCCGUGUUGUCAAAAAUUUAAAUGAAUUUUUAAAUUUUGCCAAGAAAAAGGAAAGUCAAGAGGAUGUAAAUAAACCAAUAAUCACUUUAACUUCAUCCUCGUUUGACGAAUCCGAAUCUAGUCAAGAUAAACCUAGUCAACAAAAAAGCAGUAGUUGUGAUACCACGGAUACUUUUGACGGAAGUAGCCCUGAUGAUUCCCAGGAAUAUUUCCCAAUGACUACAUCAAUCACAAGAGAAUUAAGACUUGAACUAGAAAAUUUAGAUCGACAAGUUUUCGGCACUAAUUAUCAAUCAAAUACACUCUUAGACGACGAUGAAGAUUCUACUGAAUCAACAUCGGAUUCCAGUUUGCGCAUUGAAAAGAAUACAUCAUGUGAUUGUUUGCUAUCAAAACCAAGCUCAGAAAUUGUGGAAGGAUCCACAUUAACGGAAGUCGCGGAAAUAUGUAGUGUGUCAAAACCAACGUGCCUAAAAUUAGAUGGUAGCAAGGUUCCUACUGCCACAACCAAAAAUGGUAAAAUUACGGAUGAUAUUUUUGUAUGGGAGAAUCCAUUACAUCAACAGAGUCCCGAAACUCGAAAUUAUACCAAAUAUCCCUCAACUCCCGAUGAACAAGGUGAGGAAUUGGAAUAUGAUGGUGAAUCAGGGGAAAUAUUUGAAGAAUCGCAAAACGGUAUUAAAUCUGUGACCCCAAUUCGUUUAGUUCGUAAAGAACAAUCGUCGUUACGACAUAAAAAGGUAUCAUCUACUAUGUCAGUUUCUGCUACAGAUAGUUCCGAUAGCGGCGGUGAUUUACAGGAAUCAAUACAAAAAGCAGUCAAUGAAUUUCCAAUGCCCACGAUGACGAAUUCAUGCGAAGAAGCAAUCGAAAAUGCUAAUAUUAAACGUGCGAAUUCUUUGCUACCACCACCCCAAGAAUUUGGAGGUGGUAACCCAUUUUUGAUGUUUUUAUGUGUGACGUUGUUGUUACAACAUCGUAAUUACGUUAUGGAAAAUGGAAUGGAUUACAAUGAAAUGGCAAUGCAUUUUGAUAAAAUGGUACGUAAGCAUAAUGUGCUACGUGUUUUGGAUCAAGCACGUAGUAUGUUUGCCUCUUACAUGAAGCUACAUAAUGGUAUGUUGUUGCAAAAUAAUAAUGCUGCAGAUCCUAAUGUUUAAUAUAGAAAAAUUAUGUGAACGAAAUUGAUAAUUUCCAAAAUGCCGUGCUAAGAAUUGUGAUUAAGCCUUACAGAAAAACUAAUUUUUAUCUUCUAAAUAAAAUUCACGUUAAGCGAGGCCUUAGAAGUGGGGUGCCUUACUAUUUGAAGAAUUUGAAACACUUCUCUGAUCGGGCGAUCAUCAAACAUAUCUUGGUUCGGCAUUGUUGAUUCCUGAUUGGUGCUGAUUAGUUUCUUAACCACAAAAGUAAUACUCUUUUUGUGUCUUGAGUAAUAAUUAUUUGUUGAGUGCAGAAAGUGUUGGAAUUCAUGUGUAGCAGUUUUGAGGAAGAGCUUUUAUGGUCUAAUACAAACCAACGAUCUCAUUUUAAUAGGACAGACGGAUGUAUUGGCAUACGUAAUUUAUAUUAUUUAAAAAAAAAAAUGUCGUGCGUCUUCCCGGUUAUCAAAUCACUACACGUUGGUAUAAGAUGUCACCUCCUAAGACCAUGAGGGUACACUUCCUUCUAAGUUGCCAUUCUCUAAAGUGAUACACCUUGAGGCGAAGCAACUUGCUACACUGCCAAUUAAAAAUAAAAACUUGUAAAUUAAAAAACUUCCCUUGUUAUUUUAAGGGGGUAAAUUCUCAUUUUUUUAAUAUGUAAGUUAUUGAUAUUCAUACGUGGUACUUAAUUAGAAACUCCCCAACCUCCCUCAUUCUAAAUAAUAUUAAUAAGAUUUUUUUAAGAAUUAUAUGUGUAGCCAAGAGUCGUCAGUCAUUCGUAUAACAGCAAGUAGUGCUCAAUCGAAAAAACCCCAUAAUUAAAAAACCAGCUUUAAAAUUUUUAUUUAUUUAUUUUUUUUGUAAAAACUUGCAAUUAGGAAAAAGGGCUGUUAAAAAAUAUUAUAUUUUUUUGUAAACACAUAAAACACUCUUAGUACAAUAAUUUUUAAUUAGUGGACCAAUGAAAAUUUAAUUUUUUUAUGAAAAUUUAUUUUUAUUAUCAAAAUAAUAUAUACCUAAUCGGUUUAAGAAUAAAUCACACACCUACCCUCUCCUCUUCCCCAUAAAUCUUUCUGCUUUAAAUAAAUAUGUGCGCUACUACUGUGUGGAUUCAGAAUUUAUAGUUUGGGAAAAUGAAGUUUUUUGAAAAUUUGAUGCUAUUUCUUGCCAUGAAAAUUAGGAGUGAAUUUAGAGUAGCCACUUUAUUCAGUUACUGUAAACACAGUCGAAUCAUUCGAAUAAAUCUUACCAUUCCGGUCUGUUGUACAUUCUGAUCGAGCCAAUUUCAAAUUUGAAAGGUAUGGAACAUCUUCCGCUUCCUGUUUUAUAAAAAAAAGACUGAAUCAUAUAAAGCGUUUAAACGGUGCGAAUAAUUCAUUUUUGUAUGGAUUUUGCUUAGCUAGGAUUAAAGAGUACAGCAGACAAUAAAAUUAAAUAGAAUAUAUACUAUUUUCAAAAAUA